AUGCCCCUAGGUUUCAUUGAGGUACAUCACAUGCAAUCACCAAUCAUACGGAACAAAGUCAGUCGGAUGUCCGAAAAUCCCGGUGAAUAUUUGGAUGCCCAACUUAUAUAUACUGAGGCUAUCUCUAAAAAAAAUGUUUACAAGUGGUAUAGUGAGUUCCAAGCCGGCCGUGAACGUGUCGAAGACGAAGAGCGUCCAGGGCGACCAUCAACCGACGAAGCACACGUUCAACAAAUCAAAGAUCUGGUGUUGAAAAACCGUCGAUUAACAAUUAGAGACUUUGCUGAUGAAGUUGGCAUAUCGAAAGGCUCAGCCAAUACCAAUUUGAAGGAUGUUUUGGGUCUCAAGCGGGUCAAAUCUCGCUUGUUACCCAAAACAUUGAACUUUUUGAAAAAAAGGCAGCGUCGCGUUAACGCCUAUGAAAUAAUUCUUUCCGACUACCAGGAUGUCACAAAGUGUAUGAGUACUGGCGGUGAGUCUUGGAUAUAUCCUUACGACCCAGAAACAGACGAUCAUUCGGACGAAUAUAAUGGCAAAGGAUUAGAGUGUAAAAUCAAAUAUUAA